AGCCGAGGAGGAAGCGCGGCCGGGCGGUGCGCCGAGCUCCGGCUGUGUUUGGGGACCCGCGCACCGGCGGGAACAGUACGGCCGGAUAAGCCCACGGGAGGCGGCAGCGAGCGGGAGCCGCGAUCUCUCCGUCCACGCACUCCCCGCCACUGCUGCCACCGCCACCGCCACCGUCACCGCCACCAGCGCCUCCCCAGCGAGCCGCCUACCGGGAGCCCGGGACCGCUGCGCUGCGCCUGCUAUGUAACCGCGAAGCUGCGGGAGGAAGCGGACGGCGAGAAGGGGCUGCCCACGGCGGCACAAGUUUGCGGCCACUUGUGCAGGCGCCCGCGCGCAGCCUCGCCGGCCCGGGGGCCCUUCGCUCCCCCUCGCGCGCCCGGCAGCCGCGCUGACCGGCCGGCAUGGUGACCAUGGAGGAGCUGCGGGAGAUGGACUGCAGCGUGCUGAAAAGGCUGUUGAACCGGGACGAGAGCGGCGGCGGCGGCGCCCUGGGGCUGCUGGGCGGCGGCAAGUGCCUGCUGCUGGACUGCCGGCCGUUCCUGGCGCACAGCGCGGGCUACAUCCGCGGCUCGGUCAACGUGCGCUGUAACACCAUCGUGCGGCGGCGCGCCAAGGGCUCCGUGAGCCUGGAGCAGAUCCUGCCCGCCGAGGAGGAGGUGCGCGCCCGGCUGCGCUCCGGCCUCUACUCGGCCGUCAUCGUCUACGACGAGCGGAGCCCGCGCGCCGAGAGCCUGCGGGAGGACAGCACCGUGUCGCUGGUCGUGCAGGCGCUGCGCCGCAACGCCGAGCGCACGGACAUCUGCCUGCUCAAAGGUGGCUAUGAGAGGUUUUCCUCCGAGUACCCAGAAUUUUGUUCCAAGACCAAGGCCCUGGCAGCCAUCCCAGCCCCGGUGCCCCCGAGUGCCACGGAAUCGUUGGAGCUGGGCUGUAGCUCCUGCGGGACCCCCCUGCACGACCAGGGGGGUCCCGUGGAGAUCCUGCCUUUCCUCUACCUCGGCAGCGCCUAUCACGCUGCGCGGAGAGACAUGCUGGAUGCCCUGGGCAUCACGGCCCUGCUGAACGUCUCCUCCGACUGCCCAAACCACUUCGAAGGCCACUACCAGUACAAGUGCAUCCCGGUGGAAGACAACCACAAGACCGACAUCAGCUCCUGGUUCAUGGAAGCCAUCGAGUACAUAGAUGCGGUGAAGGAGUGCCGCGGCCGCGUGCUGGUGCACUGCCAGGCGGGCAUCUCGCGCUCGGCCACCAUCUGCCUGGCCUACCUGAUGAUGAAGAAGCGGGUGAGGCUGGAGGAGGCCUUCGAGUUCGUGAAGCAGCGCCGGAGCAUCAUCUCGCCCAACUUCAGCUUCAUGGGGCAGCUGCUGCAGUUCGAGUCCCAGGUGCUGGCCGCAUCCUGCGCCGCCGAGGCCCACAGCCCCUCGGCGCCCCUGCGGGAGCGCGGCAAGGCCACCCCGACGCCCACCUCGCAGUUCGUCUUCAGCUUCCCGGUCUCGGUGGGCGUGCACUCGGCCCCCAGCAGCCUGCCGUACCUGCACAGCCCCAUCACCACGUCUCCCAGCUGCUAAGAGCCGGGAGCCCCCCGCCCCGUCCGCCUCUCCCUGGCCAGCCGCAGGGCCAGCCACGAUGGCAAUAAGGACUUUCGACUACAGAUUCGAACAAACAGCAAAACACUCCACCUUAGAGCAAUAACGGCUGCCCCGGCUGCCAGGGAAGGCCUUGGUGUGGUUUGUGUGUCAGUUUUACUUUUCCGAUAGAAAUUUCUUACCUCAUUUUUUAAAAGCAGUGAAUGAAGGCUUGAAGUUUCCACGCCCCCAGCUCCUGGCAAGUGCGCCCGAUCGACUGGUUUCCUUAGAGGCGGGGGAGGAAGGGAGAAGGAGAAGAGACCAAGUUUGCCAGAAGUGCCUGGUUCUGCGUGCUUGUCCCUUUUUUUUUUUCUGUUGUAGUUACAGGAAUUGUGUUUCAAAAGGAAUAUUCUAGGACAUGGUUUUCACUUCUGAAGUCGCCAACAGGUGCAUAAUUAUGUGUAAUAAUAAAGGCAAUUAUUUAUUACGCGGUUCCUCGGGGCGUGGACAUACUAGGAGUGGAGCUACAGUGAUGUGAGAGUUUGGGGUGCUGUCCAACAGCCCUGCAGCUGGGUAGGAAGUGGAUGGUGCCCCCCCCCCCCGGGGGGGUGCAAGUGGGCCUGAUGGUCACCCGCAUCUGUCUCCCUGGACGUAGAUGGGAAGAGAAAGGAAGGAAAAGACCACUCUGGGAGCUGGGACCUGGGCACCCAGACCACCAAGGUGAUUGAGCUGUACCAUACGACUUCUCUCCCAUGAUCACUUUGGCGGUUGGAGCGGGCUUCUCCUGGACCUGCCUGAGACUGUGAUACAUGGCACCUGGUCCAGGGUGCUCCCAGGAAAUUGGGUGCCAAUCAGACAUUCCUAGAGCACCCCGCUUGCAAGGCCUUGGGGAAGACCAGAUUCCGAACCCCUUCGUCCGCUGGAGCCUCAUCUCUCCUCUCUCUUUCGGCAGCUGCAGUGUUGGGUCUUAGGAAGCUCCCCAGAGAUGUCCUGGGAAAUGCUUGUGCUCCUAAAAUUCCCGCCUCGGUGGGUAGUUCAGGACUCUCUUGAAGGACAAGAUCGUGCCAGGUGUCCUUGAGU